UGGGUGGUUUCAUAUCCACGAAAACAGAGUGAUAAAUCUUUGAAUGCCCUACAAAUUUCUCGUUCAACCGUUGCCGCCCAUUUCAUUCUUUCUUAUUUUUAGUAGUAUCUCUCUAUCUUAACUUGUGUAAAUUAUCUGUUUUUUAAUUUGCCUCCAAGAAAAUCAACUAGUUAUCAUUUGAGAUUUGUUGAAGAAGAUUUUGGUGAACUGGGUUGUGAAUUGACCCCACAAUCCCAGCUUCAUCAUAACCAUCUUCACAAUCUCUAUCUCUUUGUCUCUUUUGUGUUCGCUUUUAUGUGUUAGUGACUGUGUGAGUUGGGUGGUGCGCCUAAUCGUGCUUCAAUUUCAAUCUCACCUACCCAGAUCUGUGCCUCUCAUUUUAUCGAAUUUUUCAAAACGUUUCUGUUUCUUAAAUCAACAUUCAAAGAUCUUUGGAGAUUUGGGUCUUUGUAUCUAGACUUGUUAUCCGUCCUUUUAAUUUUAUUUUCGUAAGAUUUCAAGGUGUCAUCUAUUCCCAUAUCAGAUCUCAAUCUACCCCACUUCUUCAUUCCCCUCCUCAUUUGAUGCAUUCAAUUUAACUCAUUUUCUCAACCCCACUUUCUGUGAAGAAUGACGUUUUUUUCCCUUUUUAUUUUUUACUAAAACAAGAACAAGGAGCCCUUAAAGUAGUUUAGCUUCUUUUCAUGUUGUAGAUUUGGUUUUAUACAAGAUUUUUUUUUUGGUCAUCAAAGCUUGCUGAUUGAUCGCUGUUUAAGGUUUCUACGUAUACAAUACAUACCAAAAUUUAUAUAUCAAUUACAUAUACAUUUCAUUUUAUUCUGAUUUAGAAUUUGCAAGCAGGAGGCCCACUGUCCGGGUUUGGUGGGCUUUCGUUGAACCAUUAAAAACCCGGGUUUAUGUGAAUAUCUCACUUUGGUUUUUGCCCUUUAAGAGGGGAUUGAUCACUCCCAGUAAGAGGAGAAAGAAACCUUUUUUUUUUUUUUGUUUUUUGAGUUUCCUGUUCUUUACCAUUGUCUUUUCCACUAUUUGGUUUCUCCGUCCCGUUGAUUAAUCUUUUGGCCUUGUCAUUUUUGCCAAACUUGAAUUUGACCCGUUAAAUAAAAUACCACUUUUAUAAUGCUACUUUACUUCUUCAUCACCUGUUUCUCUUUUAUUCUCUUUCUAAAUUCCCUUCCUCUAAAGCCACUUCCACUGUGGGCAACUGAGUUUAGAUUAUUGUCUCUCUGGUUUUGGAAACACUCGUCAAUCUUUUCCAUUUCUGCCUCCAUAAAGAAUACUUUUAAAUUCUCUAUAAUUCCCUCUGUAAACAACAUGGCUCUAACCUCUAAACUUGAUCAUUUUGCUGGUGAAAGUUGUGGGGGGAUGUCAGUUUUAGACUUGCCUGAAUUGGUCUUGGAAUGUAUCCUGGAAAAGUUACCUCCUUCAGGGCUUUGUAGCAUGGCUGGUGUUUGUAGUUCGUUGAGAGAUCGGUGUAUGAGUGAUCAUCUUUGGGAGAAACACAUGAAGCAGAAAUGGGGUAGAAUUAUUGGCCCUGCUGCUUAUAGACAGUGGCAGUCGCAUACGGCAACGAGAAAAGAUUCUACCAAUCUUAAACAGGGUAAACAAAAGCUUUGGAUGAAGCUUUUCUCUAUAGUUCAGUUUUUAUCAUGGUUUAGACCAAAGGUUGAAGAUAGUUACAAUCAGAAGAGUUCCAAUUCUUUGCCUGUUGAUUCAAUCAUGUCCUGGUAUCUUGCUCUUGAGAGUGGCCGCUUUUGGUUCCCAGCCCAGGUCUAUAAUCGUGAGAAUGGUCAUAUUGGGUUUAUGCUGUCAUGCUAUGACGCUGAACUUAGCUAUGAUCCGCGCACUGACUCCUUUCAAGCCAGGUAUCCACCUCAUGGAAGGAAGGUAGUUGCAAUAGAGCAUGGUGUACCAUGGGAAAGGCUUAGGGCACCACCUAAUGAUACUACUCCUCAUGAUCUUCACAUUUCUGAUUGCUUGAAUGAGUUACACCCGGGUGAUAACAUCGAGAUUCAGUGGAGAAGAAACAAAGAAUUCCCGUAUGGCUGGUGGUAUGGUGUUGUAGGCCACUUAGAAUCGUGUGACGGAAAUGAAAAUUUCUGUCGAUGUCAUAAUAGCGACACUGUGGUCUUGGAAUUCAAUCAGUAUGCUCCUGGCUCACGGUGGAGAAAAACAAUGAUAGAUAGGAAAGAUCAUAGGGAGGAGGGAAACGAGGCAGAUGGAUUUUAUGGGGGAAUCAGAAAGCUGAGGAGUGAAGAGGAAAUCUCCACGUGGAAGCGGCUAUGGCCAGAGGAAGUCUUGGAAUAGGCUUUUCUGUCAAAAAGAACACUACACUUUGCCACAAUGUGAUCCCAAAACCUAUUUUUUCUUGUGAUUUAGUAGAUUAUUGAAUUCAAGCUUUUCAAAAGCAUCUUUAAGAAGCUUACUAUAGGCUUCUGAUUCUGUUGCAUUAGAUGUGGAGGUCAUGUUCUUUGCCUUUUUCUUUAGAAAAUUUUCGUGGGAGAUAUUUAAGGCUUUUAUUCAUAGGAUUCUUAUCCAUGAGAAUUGCCUCCCAUUGAUGCAGAAAUUGAUGUACCAUAUUCUACGGCACAAUAUAUAAUAGGUUUUAGUUGGUUCUCU